GAGCACUAGGAGAUCACUGGUCUCUGGAACCAGACACAUGGGUUACAAGUUUUACUUCAUCACUUUCUAUUUGCAUAACCUCAGGUAUACGAGUAUAUCAAUAAAACUGAUAAAAAACAAACAAACAACACCAAAAUCAGAUUUCUCAGUUAAGUCUGAUACAGCCAGGUCACACUGCUCCAAACAUAGGUAUUUGGGGGCUCACCUUGUAGAGAUUAUUACCUAGAUAUUUGCUUAACAGGCAUUGACUUAGAGAAUUGGAGUAAGAAGGAAAUGAAGAGGAGAUUGGAUGCAGGAUCCCAGAGGAGGAGUCAAGGGGACAGCCUGAGGAUCAGAGCUAUGUGAUCAAAUAUCAGACUUUGUCACGGAAAUCCUAGGCUCAAAGGCAGACUCACUACACAGAGAUGCUGCCCUGAUCCAGGACAACAUUUAGAAGACACAGGCAAGCAACCAGUGCCUUGAGGACAGCUCAGCAAAUCAUCCUGAUCAAGAAGGCCAGCACGUCCAUUCUUGUUUCUGUAGCUGACUGGAGGGAAUCAACAAUGGAAACACUCCCCAAACCUGCAGGGCAGGUCAAGUUGCCUCUCCUACGCAGCUGACAGUCACCCCAGUAAGUGGUCUUGCAGACCAGCCUGUGCACAUUCGUGUGACGGGCCUGCAUCCAACCCAACUGGUGAUGUUCAAGGCAUCUCUGAAGGAUGAGAGGGGGAACCUCUUCCAGUCGAGAGCCGUCUACAGGGCGAACAGUGCUGGUGAGGUGGACCUGGAACAGGACCCUUCCCUUGGAGGGGAUUAUGCGGGAGUGCACCCAAUGGGCCUCUUCUGGUCUUUGAAGCCUGAGAAAACUUUCCUGAGGCUGAUCAAGCGGGAUGUGAUGAAUAGACCCUUUCAGGUUACUCUGGGUUUAUAUGACUCAGCCAGCUUUCUGGAUGACAGCAGGCAGCCCAGGGCCAGCCAGAUUGUUGAGCGCUGGUUCUCCUGCCCUGGGAUGCAGCGGGUGCCGAUCUCGGAAGGCCGGCUUCGCGGAGCCCUUUUCCUCCCUCCAGGGGAAGGCCCAUUUCCAGGAGUCAUUGAUCUGUUUGGAGGUAUUGGGGGUCUGGUUGAAUUUCGAGCCAGUCUUCUGGCUACCCAUGGCUUUGCGGUAUUGGCAUUAGCAUAUUUUGCCUAUGAUGAUCUGCCCAAAUACCCCAUGGAGUUCGAUCUGGAAUAUUUUGAGGAAGCUGCCAACUUCCUACUGGCUCAUUCCAAGGUCCAAAAGCCAGGAAUCGGCGUGCUCUCUGCGAGUAAGGGUACAGAGUUUGGAUUGGCCAUGGCCAGCUACCUGAAGCAAGUGGUUGCUACAAUAUGCGUCAAUGGGCCUGUGACUAUAUCGACUAUUCCACUCCGGUACAAGGAUCUGGUUAUGAAACCAUUUGGGGUCCCCGCAGAAGGAGUCCACGUCCAUCCCACUGGGGGUCUCAUCUUUCGCCACCACGAGACUAACCUGCAGGAGGAGCAGAAUCAGCAGAGAGCCCUUCCUGUCGAAAAGGCUCAGGGACACAUCCUCUUUAUCAUCGGAGAGAACGACGAGUGCGUCAACAGCCGAAGACAUGCGGAGUACGCGGUGGACCGGCUGAAAAGGCACGGGAAAAACAACGGCAGGAUUCUGCUGUACCCCGGGGCCGGCCACCUCCUAGAGCCACCGUAUGGGCCCUUGUGUUUCGCAUCCUGGAACCUUUCCUUUCCCAGUCCCUUGGUCUGGGGAGGGGAUACCAUCCUCCACGCGGCAGCCCAAGAGCAUUCCUGGGGAGAGAUCCAGAAAUUCUUUAGGCAGCAUCUCGUUCUCUCCAGAAGUCAACUCUGAGCAAGAGCAGGCUGGACGCCGGGCAGGUUUCUGAUCAUCUCAGAAUACCCAGUCAUUUCGAAGCUUCUCGUUAGUUGCCAUACAGUCGGUCGCAGGGCUCCACAUGGUUUUCAAGGCUGUGGUCUUUCCAAAGCAGAUGCCAGGCCUGCCUCCCAGGUGCCUGUUGGUGGGUGUGAGCAGCCAACAUGGUGGGUGGUGGUCCAGGCUUAACCCUUUGUACUCUCUAAGGGCUCCAUUCUGAAUCUACUAGAAGGGCCUGGGACAAAACAAAGGAUCAGGACGCAAAAAAAUAUACAUGUACUUCUCUUUCUAACUGGAGAGUUUUCCUUAAAGCGCAUCUUCCCUCCAUAGGUAGACCGUUCUUUCUUACCCAGUGUCACUUAUUUUUUUAAAAGGGUGGAGGGUUAGAAAGCUUUUGUAUCGAACAAGCACUAGUCAGAUCUUACUUUCAGGGGUCCAGUUUCAGCAGCAUGUAACAUAUUCUGAUUUUGUGGAUUCCAUCGCCACCUUUCUUGUUAGGAGAUUGAAUAAAUUUAUUUCUCAUUUAA